AUGGCGGCGACAGCAACAAAACCAGCGGUCUCAGAGCAAACACCCGCAACAACGCCGGCAGGACCUGUCCCUUUUGACUUUUCUCGGCCUCCGAUUAUCGAGGGAUUCAACCCUUCACCCAGGUUCAGAGAUGAGACCCUGAAAGAGAAAUUCCUUAGAAAGACGAAGGAGAACCCAUUUGUCCCGAUAGGUUGUUUGGGAACAGCAGGAGCGCUGAUUUAUGGUCUCCGGGCCUUUCAUCAAGGAAAAACCAGACAGUCCCAGCUGUCAAUGAGGGGUCGAAUCUUUGCUCAAGGCUUUACUGUGGUGGCCAUUAUCGUUGGUGUCUUCGCCACAGCUUUGAAACCCAAGCAGUGAGGAUCCACUUCAAUACCUCUGCCAUCCUCCAUCCAGUGAAUAAACUGAAUAAUGUAUUAUGCAUUUCCAACAUUGUUCAGAUACCUAUGUUAAAAAUAACACUAUUUAUUGUGUGGAAACAGAAUUGUUUGAUGAUAAAAUAUUUAGCUUCAGGCCCACACAAUGGAAGAAGAAGAAAGUGUAAAGCAUGUAAGCUGGGUUUGACUGAUUUAUACCUCUUGCUCCAUGACUUUCUAAUGGGUUUAAUUUUCAAUGCAUCCAAUGUAUUGUCACUGAAAUCAUCAAUAUAACAUGUCUGUGUCUUCAGAUAUAAACUUUUAUUGUAAAGUC